AUCAAUUGUUUCAUCUAUAUAGCGCCACCUGGUGGCGAUAUAUAGAUGAUAUUUUUGGCAUUUGGUUGGGGGACAUUGGAACCCUGGAACAGUUUGUUAAUGAUCUCAACAGUGCUACACAGCAUAUAAAGUUCAAACUCACCAUAAGUGAGGAAAGGAUUGAUUUCCUGGAUACCUCAGUGUACAAACAAGAUGGGCUGUUAGCUGUAGAUCUUUUUUAAAAAACAGACAGAUUAUAAUAAUCUACUGCACUAUAAGAGUGCGCAUUCUCCUGCUCUGUUAAAGAGUUUACCCAAAAGCCAAUUUAUGCGAGUAAGACGAAUUGUCUCAGAUGAAAAUUUGGUAAAAGAAAGAUUAUUGGAAAUGGGUGAACACUUUAAACAGAGAGGAUACCCAAGUAACUUAAUUGAACAGGGGAUUAAAGAUGUACUGCAGAUCCCUAGGACAGAAUUACUUAAGGACAAAAUGAGAAAUAAGAAGGAUAAAAGAAUGAUCUUUGUUAAUGAAUAUUCUCCUUGGAGUAACCAAAUACAAAAAGUGUUUAAACAAUUGGGGGCUUAUCCCUGGUGCUUCCGGGUUGCUGAGGCUUCGCUCAGUGUUUUUCCUUUGUGGAGUUGUUGCCGGACUAUUUGGCUCCCGGGCUGGUUCGGCAUUCUCCAGUUCCUGGGAACUUGGACUAUGUCCUUUUACUAGGACUAAUUGACCUGGUCAUGGUUGUCCAGGUUUUCUGAGUGUGGAUGCUCAUUGGGCUUGACUUAUGCCUUGAUGGUCGGUUUCCCUUUGUCGGCUUGCUGUAGUAACCUUAUGGAUGCACUGCUCUGUGGUUUGCAGUUUCUCUGCUGCAGCUAUUGCACAUUGGAUGUGUGUUAGCAAGCUAAUUGUUUUCUUCUGGCACCUUUUCACCCUGAUAUUUCUUCUACUGUUCGUUGUUCCUCGACAGAAUGACUGGGGGAUGAGGAAGGUGGGGGGAGUAUUUAAGUCUUUGCCUCCCCUGGUGGCCUAGUUCUUAUUCCCCAAAAGUAAUGAAUGCGGCUGUGGACUCUUUUCCACGGAAGAAAAUUAAAUUAUCAGGUAAGCAUAAUUUAUGUUAUUUAAGGUGUAACUGUAACACCCUCAGGGCCAACUGUACUAAAUGCUUGUGCUGAAUCAAUAGCACAUAUUUAAUAACCUAAACAGCUGAUCUGUAUCACAUGAAUUGUUAUGUGUGCCUUUAAUUAUAUGAUAUGUACAGUUAAUCAGAACCAUUAUUUAUUAUUAUCUGUCUAAACCAUUUAAUAUACUUUUUAUAGACACGGCCAGAGCACUGAGAGAUAUCAGGUUUUGAUGUUUCUGGAGUGAAUAAGGGAACCUUCUUCCUGAGCACAGACAUUGGAGCCUGUUAUCAGCAUGAACUCAUAUGUGUUAGACAAACACAUGAAUAUUUCAUAUCCAUCCUUCACUACAGGAAGCAUCAGAAUGAUACCACAAACUCCGAAAGUAUUAGACACUAAUGACUAUUCACAAACAUUGGGGAAAUCACAGCAGAUAUUCAAAGAAGAUGGUGAAUUGGCAGGAACUGGGCAGCAAUCAUUAUGUACAGAGAGUAAUUUAGUCAUCAAACAAGAGGACAACAUUGAUGCCUUAUCUAGUGAAAUGAUUAUCCCAGAGGAUAAACCACACACAUUUACUGAGUACUCAAAACAUUUAAAAGAAGGGAAAAGUCUUACGUAUAGCCAAAUGAUUCAUACAAAUAAGAAAACAUUCAAAUGUACAGAAUGUGAGAAAAGCUUCACAUGUAAUUUGCAUCUCCUUGAACACCACACAGUUCACACAGUUCACACAGUUGUGAAACCUCACACGUGUACAGAAUGUGGGAGAUGUUUCACAUCUAAACGAGGCCUUAUGUAUCACAAAAAGACCCACACAGGGGAGAAACCUUUCACAUGUAAUGAGUGUGGGAAAUGUUUCACAUUCAAGGGAAAUCUCAUAUCUCAUGAAAAGACCCACACAGGGGAGAAACCAUUCAUAUGUAUCAAGUGUGGACAAAGUUUCACUCAUAAGAUUAGUCUGAAAACUCAUGAAAUGAGCCACACAGGAGAAAAGCCUUUCACAUGUACAGAGUGUGGAAAAAGUUUUACACUAAAGAGAAGUCUGAAAAUUCAUGAAAGGAGUCACACAGGAGAAAACCCUUUCACGUGUACAGAGUGUGGAAAAGGUUUUACAGUAAAGAGUAAUCUGAAAAGUCAUGAAAGGAUUCACACAGGAGAAAAACCUUUCACAUGUACAGAGUGUGGAAAGGGAUUUAGAGAAAAGAAGAAACUGAACAUUCAUGAAAGGAUUCACACAGGAGAAAAGCCUUUCAUAUGUACAGAGUGCGGAAAAAGGUUUACACAAAAGUAUGAUCUGAAAACUCAUGAAAGGAUUCACACAGGAGAAAAACCUUUCACAUGUACAGAGUGCGGAAAAAGUUUUACACGAAUAGAUAAUCUGAAAGCUCAUGAAAUGAUUCACACAGGAGAAAAGCCUUUCAAAUGUACAGAGUGCGGAAAAAGUUUUACACAAAUAAGUAGUCUGAAAAUUCAUGAAAGGAUUCACACAGGAGAAAAUCCUUUCACAUGUACAGAGUGUGGAAAAGGUUUUACAGUAAAGAGUAAUCUGAAAUAUCAUGAAAGGAGUCACACAGGAGAAAAACCUUUCACAUGUACAGAGUGUGGAAAAAGUUUUACACAAAUAAUUCAUCUGAAAACGCAUGAAAGGAUUCACACAGGAGAAAACCCUUUCACAUGUACAGAGUGUGGAAAAUGUUUUACAGUAAAGAGUCAUCUGAAAUAUCAUGAAAGGAUUCACACAGGUGUGAAACCUCACACGUGUACAGAAUGUGGGAGAUGUUUCACAUCUAAACGAGGCCUUAUGUAUCACAAAAAGACCCACACAGGGGAGAAACCUUUCACAUGUAAUGAGUGUGGGAGAUGUUUCACAUUCAAGGGAAAUCUCAUAUCUCAUGAAAAGACCCACACAGGGGAGAAACCAUUCAUAUGUAUCAAGUGUGGACAAAGUUUCACUCAUAAGAUUAGUCUGAAAACUCAUGAAAUGAGCCACACAGGGGAAAAGCCUUUCACAUGUACAGAGUGUGGAAAAAGUUUUACACUAAAGAGAAGUCUGAAAAUUCAUGAAAGGAGUCACACAGGAGAAAAGCCUUUCACAUGUACAGAGUGUGGAAAAGGUUUUACAAUAAAGAGUAAUCUGAAAAAGCAUGAAAGGAUUCACACAGGAGAAAAACCUUUCACAUGUACAGAGUGUGGAAAGGGAUUUAUAGUAAAGGAGAAACUGAACAUUCAUGAAAGGAUUCACACAGGAGAAAAGCCUUUCACAUGUGCAGAGUGUGGAAAAAGGUUUACAGAAAAGUAUGAUCUGAAAACUCAUGAAAGGAGUCACACAGGAGAAAAACCUUUCACAUGUACAGAGUGUGAAAAAAGUUUUACACGAAUAGUUGAUCUGAAAGCUCAUGAAAGGAUUCACACAGGAGAAAAGCCUUUCACAUGCACAGAGUGUGGGAAAAGUUUUACACUAAAGAGAAGUCUGAAAAUUCAUGAAAGGAGUCACACAGGAGAAAAACCUUUCACAUGUACAGAGUGUGGAAAAGGUUUUACAGUAAAGAGUAAUCUGAAAUAUCAUGAAAGGAUUCACACAGGAGAAAAGCCUUUCACAUGUACAGAGUGUGGAAAAUGGUUUACAGACAAGAAUAGUCUGAAAAUUCAUGAAAGGAGUCACACAGGAGAAAAGCCUUUCACAUGUACAGAGUGUGGAAAAGGUUUUACAGAUAAGAGUCAUCUGAAAUAUCAUGAAAGGAUUCACACAGGAAAAAAGCCUUUCACAUGUACAGAGUGUGGAAAAGGUUUUACAGUAAAGAGUAAUCUGAAAUAUCAUGAAAGGAUUCACACAGGAGAAAAACCUUUCACAUGUACAGAGUGUGGAAAAAGUUUUACAGACAAGAAUAGUCUGAAAAUUCAUGAAAGGAGUCACACAGGAGAAAAGCCUUUCACAUGUACAGAGUGUGGAAAAGGUUUUACACAUGUGAGUAAUCUGAAAAAGCAUGAAAGGAGUCACACAGGAGAAAAACCUUUCACAUGUACAGAGUGUGGAAAGGGAUUUAGAGAAAAGGUGAAACUGAACAUUCAUGAAAGGAUUCACACAGGAGAAAAGCCUUUCACAUGUACAGAGUGUGGAAAAAGGUUUAGAGAAAAGUAUAUUCUGAAAACUCAUGAAAGGAGUCACACAGGAGAAAAACCUUUCACAUGUACAGAGUGCGGAAAAAGUUUUACACGAAUAGUUAAUCUGAAAUAUCAUGAAAGGAUUCACACUGGAGAAAAACCUUUCACAUGUACAGAGUGCGGAAAAAGUUUUACACAAAUGAGUAAUCUGAAAAAUCAUGAAAGGAUUCACACAGGAGAAAAAGCUUUCAUGUUUAUAAAGUGGAAAAAGGUAUCCCAUGCCAGUCAAGUAUCACAAAACAGUGGGGAAACCUUUUAAAAAUUAUUCUCUCUAAAUAGAAGAGUCAAAAAAGGAUCAUUACAUUUACAGAAUAAAGGAGUCUUUAUAUGAAUAGAGUGUUAGAGAAUUAUAUAAACAAGAACAUCAGUCUCAAAUGUUUAACAUCUGGGAGAUAUAUUUAAUGUGCACAUCAUGCGGAUAAACCUUUUCUUAUAGCAAUAGAUGCUUAGCAUUGUACAUGUUAUAUACCAGAGGAAUUACUGAGGGGGAACUGAUUUUAUUUCAUGAGACACAAUAUCAGUAACCGGUACAUACGUGAUCACAAUCAGUUUAAUUUAAAUGGCUACUAUAACCUACAUGUAUACUGGGUAUGUAAUAUGUGUGUCAUGUUCUGUAACUUGAUAUUAUGUCUGUUAGAUGUUUUCAUGUUAGAAGACACAAGAACUGAUAAUAGCACAUACUGUAUAUAUAAAGGGAACAUUAUAUGUCUGAUAAAUCCCUUUGUAUCAAGAGCAGAAGUGUUAGGUAUAUUUAUACCAUUGUGUGCAUAUAUUGUGUAAUGCUGCUGUUUACUAUAUAAUUAUAUACAAUGUUUUUUUUUCAUGCAAAUAAAAAGUGAUUGUAAUCCA